UUUCUCUUUUUAUCAAAAUUCAUUUACGAUACAAAACGACGUUUGUCCUCCAUUGCACAAAAAAUGAAUAAAGACGAUAAAAAAAACGGAGAUAAUGAUACAAAAAUUAAAUUUAUUCAAGAUGGGAAGAAUCUUGAUGAUGCUAAAGUUAAGAUUGAAGGAAGGGAAGAUGCUUUCACAGGCUUGACUAAAGAAGAAUUGAUGGAAUACGCGAAUGAUCCUUUUUGGGUAAGAUUGAGGUGGUUCCUAUUCAUUUUGUUUUGGUUGGUUUGGAUAGCCAUGUUGGUAGUUGCAAUUGUACUUAUCAUAAGGGCACCAAGUUGUUCAACUAAAAAGGCAGAAAAUGAAGCGAAAGAUUCUGCAAUUUAUCAAAUAUACCCAAGAUCCUUUAAAGACUCAAAUGGGGAUGGUGUUGGGGACCUAUUAGGAAUUGUAUCAAAAUUAGAUUAUAUUGCCAAAUUGAACCCAAAAUUUGUUUUGAUUAAUUCUCCACUUCAAACGAAUCCACUUCUUCAAGAUGAGGGACUUGUUAAUUUUACUAAAAUAAAUACUGAAUAUGGAACAAAUUCUGAUUUUAAAGCUCUAAUUGAUAAAAUUCAUGAGAAAGGGAUGAAGGUAAUUAUGGAAUUAGAUAUACAUCAUUCCAGCAAUUUACAUCCAUGGUUUCAAAAAUCUCUUGCUGGUACAACUAGACAUAGAGAGUUUUAUGUUUGGGAAAAUGGUAAUGGUGGAAAUCCACCCAGUAAUGAACGGAGUUUUUGGGUUGGGUCUACAUGGACAUUUUCACCAGAAAGAAAUCAAUAUUAUUUGAGCCAUUUUGCUUCUAAAUUACCCAACCUUAAUUUAAACAGUGAAGCUUUGAAAACAGAAAUCAAAGAUAUUAUUGAAUUUUGGUUGAAAUAUGAUGUUGAUGGUUUUCUCUUUCCUAAUGCUGAUAUAUGGUUUAAAUAUAUCCCAACAACAACUUUAAAUAUAUCAUCAAUGCCUAAAAAUAUUACCCUUGAAGAAUAUAAAACCAAUGACUUGAUUUCAUUUAUCAAAGAUGUUAUUGAAAAUGCUAACAAAAAUAGAAGAAUUAUGUUAGUUGAACCAUACUUAGAAGACAGCACAAUGCUUUAUGGCUCUAAAGCUGAUAUAGUUGUUAACAAAGCCCUAACACAGAUCAAUGGAAAUUGUGAUGCUCAAUGUGUUGCUAAUUAUGUACAAAAUGUCAGGAAACAAGUACCAGAAAAGAAAGGGACUUGGAUGUUGGGAAAUAAAGAUGUAAGCAGAAUAACAUCCAGGAUGGGAAGCCAAACUUAUGUAAAUGCACUGAAUGCCUUACUUUUAUUAUUACCUGGUACAUCCUUACCUUAUUAUGGUGAUGAAAUAGGUCUUACUGACAACCCUCUAUCAUCCCUUCAACAAUCCUAUGACCCUUUAUGCAAAAUUCCUUUCAAAGGUGAAUGUAGAGAUAUGUUUAGAUCGCCCAUGCAAUGGAAACCUCAAAAUAAUGCAGGCUUUUCCAAUGUUUCCUCUCAAUCUUGGACACCUGUCAACCAAAAUUUUGAAAGCAAUAAUGUUGAGACUUUAGAACAAACCAACAAAUACAUUCCAGUAUUUUCCCAACUGAUGGCUCUCAAAAAAACGGAUCCAUUCUCUGGUGGUCAUUUUAAAAUCAUCUCUCAGAAUCCUAACAUUUUUGCUUUUGUGCGCAAAUGCCAUGAUUCCCCUAAUUACAUUACCCUCAUCAAUCUUGGAAAGGAGACAUCAACUUUUGUAAACAAUCGAAAUGUCACACAAUUAUCUGAUAAAGCAGAAAUUGUUUUGGAUUCCUUGAAAACAAAAGCCUCUCUAACCCCACCCAAGGUUGAGAAUUUAUUGCAGCCCAUGACUCUUGUGCCUGGGCAGGUUAUUGUGCUCAAACUUAAAGAAUAAAUAAUAUCCCACACUGCCUUUACUUAACUAUUUUAUUUUAAAUAUAUAUUAUAAUGCUUAAAAUAUAAACACUUUAAAACCUUCAAAUUAAAAAUAUUUUUCCAAAUUCAAUCUAAAUAUAUUUAAAAAAACUUUUUUUUUUUAUAUUUCCCUAUGCUUUAAACGUAUAUAACUGCUAUCACUUUAAAAUAAAAUUUAUAAUUAUUUUUUUUUGUGUUAAUUAACAUUUUUAUGAAAAUGAUAUAUAUUUAAAAAAUUCCAAAAUAAAUAGAUUCCGUUUCUAAA